AACUCUGGAAAAGGUAUACACCGCAACUGCAAACAAGACCAUAUCCACAGUUUUAAGUGUAAAGUUGGUCCCGACCCGAGCUACAGGGGCGAUGACUGCGCCCGGGAACAUUACGAGAACAGCUACGAUAAACCGGUGGUCUUCAAGUGUCCUCACAAUGGCUUUAUAACAGGAAUCCGCAGUGAAUACAACACUCAUCACAAAGAUCGUAGGUUCGGCUUCCGCUGUUGUCAUACUGAUAGAUACAUGCCAAACAAAUGCAAGAUAGCUCCACUGCAAAACAACUGGGACCAGAAACUAAAGUACAAACUUCCGCGCAAGUAUUACCUGGUGGGAGCCUUCAGUGAUCAUGAUAAUCAUUAUGAGUAAGUAUAUGUAACAUUCUGAAGUUUACACUGACUAGAAAAUAACAAGCUUGCAAUGACCACGAGUGCAGCAUAAGGCUACAGGUUUUACUUGCGUUUGAAUCAUCAGUUGAAGGCACAAAUUAUUUUUAGUGAAUAUUUUCAGGUAUGCUUUUGGAAAAAUCGUCGAAAGAUUCAUUUUUGGAAGUCAGUGCAAACUUAGCUAGCUAUGGGAAAACAUUUUUUCGCUGGCCACAACUCUACAGCCUCGGAUUUUUAAACUGAGAAAGCGAUGGAUUACCUCGCUAUCACAACCAAAGAAAGAAAUUUUUGUUGUCUUAAAAUUUUCGAACAUUUUAAUUCAUACAUCCACUAAAUGCUUCAUCAGC